CGCAGCGACGCACCAUGACGCUCCACUGGACUUAAACAAACAGGAUUUUGGUUUUUACGCAGCACACUAAAGACUCGCCGCUUAUUUACUGACGGGGAGGAAAAGUUGACUGAAAGUUGCACUCCCGUUUUCCAAGAUGCCACGCUCUUUUCUCGUCAAGAAACACAUAAACUCCGCAAAGAAGCCAAAUUAUAGUGAGCUGGAAAGCCCAACAGUGUUCAUCCCACCACACUUGUACAAGGGCCUCCCCCUGUCUGUCAUCCCCCAGCCGGAGAUCCUGAGCGCGGCAGCCUACAGCCCCAUCACAGUGUGGACUACCAGCAACUUGCCGCUGUCUCCGCUGUCCAGUGACCUCUCCCCCAUCUCUGGAUACCCCUCAUCUCUCUCCGACGCCUCCUCCAAAGAUCACAGUGGCUCGGAAAGCCCGAGGAGUGAUGAAGACGAGCAGAUGCUGCCCAAGUUGACAGAUCCUCACGGAGUGGAGGCGGAGAAGUUUCAAUGUGGUUUGUGCAGCAAAUCCUACUCCACGUACUCUGGACUGCUCAAACACAAACAGCUGCACUGCGACGCCCAAACGAGGAAAUCCUUCAGUUGUAAAUACUGCGAGAAGGAGUAUGUGAGCCUGGGGGCUCUCAAAAUGCACAUCAGGACUCACACUUUGCCUUGUGUUUGCAAAAUAUGCGGGAAAGCUUUCUCCAGACCGUGGCUGCUCCAAGGACACAUCAGGACGCACACUGGUGAGAAGCCUUUCUCCUGCCCUCACUGCAACAGGGCAUUUGCGGACAGGUCCAAUCUCAGGGCUCACCUACAGACCCAUUCGGAUGUGAAAAAAUACCAAUGCAAGAACUGCUCCAAAACCUUCUCCAGGAUGUCUCUUCUGCACAAGCAUGAGGAAUCUGGUUGUUGUGUAGCACACUGAACUGGGAUACUUCUCCACCACCAGAGAACCCCUUCUGGCCCUUCUUUAUUUUUCCAAGACCAGGAGAAGUGUCAGGGAAUCAUGCUGAUGGCGUCGGCUCACAAAGAUAGAGACUUUUCCUACUACCUGUCCAUUUCAUUUCAAAGUGAGACAUUUAAUCACUCGCCAUUUUAUUAGAUACACUUGAUAUAGCUAAUGACGUAUACCAGCUGAACCUAAUAAAGUGGCAAGUGAGUGAAGCUCAGUGCUUGCAUGCUUUUUGUUUCAGUCAGUAUUCCAGUCAGCAUCAAGUUUUGUCAAACCAUGUACUACCUGUGCUAUUCAUGCACUUUUCUGCAUGUCUAGAAAGUUUUAUAGGCCGUCACAAUGUUAUUUUCAGUGUUUGUACCAAUGUCUCUAAAGAGAUGUUAUGCAGUUCUCUCUUCUUGUUUUUGUUUUUUAGUUUAUUUUUAACUUGUAAAGCCAAAUGGUGCAUUGUGAUUGACAAGACAACUAUCAGUGGAAUAUUGAAGCCAUUACUACAUAGGGAACAAGUGCAAACUUUGAUUUAAUGAGAAAUAAUUAAAAUCUUUGCACACCAUAGAAACAGUUUGCCAGCACUCGAACAACGAAACAAGUGCCUCAUUUUUUUUCUGCAAUAUUAUCUAUUUUUCAGCAACAGGUUCGUUUUAUAUUUUUAUAUAUUGAAUGUAAGUGUGACUGAGAUGAUUGUAUAUAAGCAGUGAAAACUGUGAUGCUGAAUGAUUUUUAAAAAACUAUUUUCAUGACACCUUUCCAAAAAAUAAAUAAAUUACAUUUUGUAUAAUU